AUGGAGCGCUCCGGUCAAGUAGAGCCACCUCAGCCGGUGAACACCACAAACGACAGUUGUAUUACUGAUCCAGCCACUGUGGAUGUCAGCGCAGAGAGUCUCGCAUAUCAGAUCAGUCUGGCGGUGAUUCUUUCCGGCAUAACACUCGCCACCACUUUAUCCAACGCGUUCGUCGUAGCGAUAAUCUCCCAGUCGAAGAAACUGCAAACUCCUGCGAACUUUCUGAUCGCCUCUCUGGCCAUCACCGACCUGCUGGUGUCCAUUCUGGUGAUGCCCAUCUGCGUCCUCUACACGGUUAUCCAUACUUGGACGUUGGGGCAAAUCGUGUGCGACAUCUGGCUCUCCUCGGACAUAACGUGUUGCACAGCGUCUAUCCUCCACCUGUGCGUAAUCGCUUUGGAUAGGUACUGGGCCAUCACGGACGCGGUGGAGUACUCCAAAAAGCGCACGCCGGGGCGCGCGGCCGGGAUGGUGGCCACAGCCUGGGUCAUCGCCAUCUCCAUCUCCCUGCCUCCUCUCUUCUGGAGGCAGGUCAAGGCGGAGGAGCUGACCAGCUGCAGCGUCAACACGGAUCAUAUUUUCUACACCAUCUACUCCACCUUUGGGGCUUUCUAUAUCCCCACAUUGCUGCUUAUUGUCCUCUACGGACGGAUAUACGUCGAGGCUCGCAAACGGAUCCUGAAGCAGUCCCCCAAGAAGGUGGGGAAGAGACUCACUUCAGCGCACCUGGUCACCAACUCCCCUGGAUCCGUGGCGUCCACAACCUCUCUGCAGUGCGGAAGACACGACACCCAGUCCAGCGACACCGGGUCUUCAACAAGCGAGAACCAGGUGAAAGUGACGGUGUCGGACGCGCUUUUGGAGAAAAAACGCAUUUCAGCAGCCAGAGAGAGAAAAGCGACCAAGACUUUGGGGAUAAUCCUCGGCGCUUAUAUCGUUUGCUGGCUGCCGUUUUUCAUUUACACAUUGGUGGUGGCCACGUGUGAGACAUGUUUUAACCCCGAGUUAUUUGACUUUUUCACCUGGUUGGGAUAUCUGAACUCCCUCAUCAACCCGAUCAUAUAUACAAUGUCCAAUGAGGACUUCAAGAAAGCUUUCCAUAAACUUGUGCGCUUCAAAUGCUGCAGGUCGUGA